GUUUUCAUCACACUGUGCCCAUCAGUCCACCACUGCCACCUUUCUUUUCGAGCCCUUCGCAACCUUUUCGGGCCUCAAUUCCGGCAUAUUUCUGGUCGCAGGCAAUCUCCCUUUUAUUGAUCCUUAUUAAGGACUCAAUCCCUUCUUUCCACUCCGUCAGCGAUUCUUUCCAUCGCCGUCGACUGUCUCAUUAUUUCGCCAUGGCGGACUACACCUCUCUCAAGGUCCCAGAGCUCAAGAAGCUGCUUCAGGAGAAGUCGCUGCCUGUCACUGGCAACAAAGCCGACUUGAUCGCGCGCCUGCAGGAGCACGAUAAGACGCAAGAGCCCAGCAAGCCUGCUACCACCGCUGUAGCCACUGCGGAGGAUGAGAUCGACUGGGACGAUGACGAGCCCGUGCCUGCAACAACCACAACCCAGCCUACCGAACCGGCCAAAGCCGCCGAGCCUACACCUGCACCCGCCGCUGUAGACGAGGCUGCCCCAGUAGCUGGCAACAUCGCAACAGAGGCGCCCGCAGAGACAACCGAAGUUGCCACGGCAACCGAAGAAACGCUACCAGAAGUCCCCAAGCCUGAAUUCUCCGCACAUCUGCCCGCUACGAGCGCGGACGAGGAAGCGCGCAAGCGCGCCGACCGCGCCAAGCGCUUCGGAAUAGUAGUUGAUGAGGACGAGGAAGCAAAGCGCAAGGCGGAACGCGCGAAGCGAUUCGGUGUCGAGGAGGCAGAGGACGCCGAGAAGGUCGUCAAGGGUCUGGAUGCUGCGCUGCCCGAGGGCCGGAGGCCGAAGCGCGGUCGCGAGGGAGGAGAGCGCGAGGGAGGGGAAGAGAGAGGUGCCAAGAGGCAGAGUACGGAUGGUCGACGAGGUGGUGGAAAGGUGCGAGGAAAGGGACGUGGAGGCCGAAGUGGCGGUGUCGGCAACCCGAAGCAGAACGGUGGGGGUGCGCCUAAGCAGCGCAUCAUUGACGACCCGAACGAGAAGGCCAAGGCCGGGGCAAGAGCGAAGAGAUUCGGUGCUUAGGUUGUGGACGAUGUCUGACCUUGAGCUGAGGACGAACCUUCUGGUCUUGAUCGAUCGACUGCAAUGAGCCCACGGCGAGAGCGGAGUAUGUAUUUGUACUAUUAUGCUAUUAUUUACGGUGUGUACCCAGAGGGCACUUGUUUUUGCGUCAGGAGCAGCUAGACACAUAAUCUGUGUAAAGGCCAGCGAUUUUGCCUGGAAAGUGUUGAACACGAAGCAUUUGGGGUCUUGGGCUAUGGAUUAGUUUGAAGUUAUGUGAUUAGACAUUUUGAUGCUUAGUUGAAGCCCCCAAUAUAGAUGUUCUGAAAUGGCCCAUUCUACCCAGCUGACGGCAAAGCAACAUGUUAGGUAGGAAGACCUAAAAAGCUGGAACCGCUAU